ACAGAUAUUUUCACUGUGAGUUUUGUGUUUUCAGUUUGAGUGGCUGCAGGUUGUUUGAUUUUUUACAUCAGGUGACAGAAAAACACCUGGAGGCUGAAAUAAUAAUUCUCUAUUUCAGUGACAAACUGCAGCUUUAAAUGGAUGAAGGGAAGAAGGAGAGGAGGUCGAGGAGGGAGGAGGAGGAGGCGUCCCUCAGACCUCACCCUGUCCUCGUGCCUCUGCAGACUGUUUCUCCAUCAGUUAACGAGUCAAUAACUCAGCGUCCUGACAUCCUGAAGAUUCUACUCGUCCAUCCGUCCGUCCAGAUGAACGGUGAACAGCCUCCUCCAUACCGUCCUCACUUCCCUGAGGAACCUUCAGCUCCAGAUUACCCAGCUCUCAGCUCUCAGCCUGUGGCCUUCCCCGGCUCGUCAUACCAGACCUUCCCUCAGGCGUAUGCGGGCGGAGGAGACCACACUUACUACCAGGGGCCCCCGGGGCUGCUGAGGCCACCAGGGGCGUUCAUGGCUCAGCCCGGGUCUCAGGGAUUUUACAGCGAGCCCCCCAAGACCUUCCAACAGUGGGACGGCCCAAGGCCAUAUGGAGAGCCGCCAAAACACACAGUGUUCGUGGUGCAGCAGCAGGACCAGGACGACAGCGCUGAUGACUCGUGUCUAACGACCUGUUCGGCUGCUCUGUGCUGCUGCUUCCUCUGGGACAUGUUGACGUCUCGCUGAAUCUCCCAUCAUGCAGCGGGGCCACGUCAUGGAUGUAUCAGUAGACCUGAUCCAGCACCACUUUCCCCCCAGUGGCCACUAAUGGUAUUACAAUAAAAAAUCCCCCCAGCUCAAAAACCAUUCACCCGUAGACCUGAGAUCUGAUGAAACGUCCAUGGUCACAUGGUCUGUUAAAGUCCAGCUCUCUGAUUGGACCAUGACGUGGAUGGAUUCUGAUACGAACCCCCCCCCCCGACCUUAGACUGGAGGAGAAGGUGUUCAUGGUCGUCCGCCUGUUUAAACAUGUUCAUGUUUGGUAUUUUCGUGUAGGAGUUGUUGCUUCAUCGUCAUCACCGCCUCUGAUCCCGCCAACUCUCUGGCUCUUUCUGACAGUAAAAGAAUUAAAUAU